UCAAGGAACAUCAAGUUGUGUUACACAGAACAGACGUCCAGCAGCCCCGUCAUACUGAAGAAGGAGAUCCACAUGCCCCUCAUGUAAAAGAAGAAGAGGAGGAGCCACAGGCUACCCAUGUUAAAGAGGAAGAGGAGAAUAUCUGGGAGGAAAAGUGUCUUCGAGGGCAGGAGGAGGCUGAUCUCACCAAGUUUCCACUGACUGUCGUCUCUAUGAAGACUGAAGACCAUGAAGAGAAACCACCUGAGUCCUCACAGCUUCAUCACAGUCCAAACGUCCAGCAGCUUCUUGGUUGUCAAGAAAAACCUUACCCUAAGUUGCUGGAGGGGAGCUCCACUUUGAAACUGGAGGAUCCACAGCCCCACCACAUUAAAGAGGAAGAGGAGGAACUCUGGAUCACUCAGGAGGAAGAAUGUCUUCCAGGGCGGGAGGAGGCUGAUCUCACCAAGUUUCCACCGACUGUUGUCUCUGUGAAGACUGAAGACCAUGAAGACAAAACACCUGAGUCCUCACAGCUUCAUCACAGUCUAAGUGAGAAGAACAAAUCCAUGGAACCUUCAAACAGCUCACCACAACACCCAACAGAAGGUGAUGGAGACCACUGUGGAGGAUCACAAGCAGACAACCUCAUUGCUCCACUGUCAGAUAGUGACGACACAACGUCACACGUUAAUGUAAAUAUGGGAACUCGCACAGGAGAAAGAACUUUCAGUUGUUCAGUGUGCGCUAAAAAGUUCUCCCAAAGGGUAAGGAUGCUGUCACAUAUGAGAACACACACAGGAGAAAGACCAUUUAGUUGUUCUGUUUGCGGCAAACGUUUCUUUGACAAAAGUACCAUGCAAAUGCACAUGAAAACACACACAGGGGAAACUCCUUACAGUUGUUCCGUUUGUGCUAAAGGCUUCAUCAGAAACUCUGAUUUGGCUCGACACGUGCGGACACACACGGGAGAAAAACCUUUCAGUUGUUUACACUGUGGCAAAAAAUUCUCAAAAAGGGAAACGAUGCUGUCUCACACUCUGACACACACAGGAGACAAACCUUUCAGUUGUUCGGUUUGCAGGAAAGGCUUUUUUAGAAACGCUAGUUUAAAUCGACACAUGAAAAUACACACGGGAGAAAAAACUUUCAGUUGUUCAGUUUGUGCAAAAGGCUUUUUUAGGAACUCUUGCUUGACUCGACACAUGAUAAUGCACGCAGAAGAAAAACAUUUCAGUUGUUCGGCGUGUGGUAAAGGAUACGCUAACAAAUAUAAUAUGCAAACACACAUGAGAACACACACAGGAGAAAAAACCUUCGGUUGUUCAGUUUGUGCAAAAUACUUUUUGAAAAAACGUGAUUUGUUACGGCACAUGCGGACACACACUGGAGAAUAACUUCCAUCCAUCCAUCUUCUUCCGCUUAUCCGAGGUCGGGUCGCGGCGGCAGCAGCCUAAGCAGGGAAGCCCAGACUUCCCUCUCCCCAGCCACUUCGUCCAGCUCUUCCUGUGGGACCCCGAGGCGUUCCCAGGCCAGCCGGGAGACAUAGUCUUCCCAACGUGUCCUGGGUCUUCCCCGCGGCCUCCUACCGGUCGGACGUGCCCUAGGGAGGCGUUUGGGUGGCAUCCUGACCAGAUGCCCGAA